AUGGCUAAAAAGACUGGCAAGAAAGCGGCUGAUGUUGUCUUCGAGCCGAAAUUGAAACCAAUACCCAACGGGCUUUUUGCAAAUCUUACUCAGUUCACGCAGACACCUUUAUUCGCUCAGAUUAUACACCAAUGUCUUGAAUAUUGCUUGAUGUUUAAAAUCUGUACUCCUGGUGUUACGGCAACCAGAGUCGAAGCUUUGCUUCAUAUGGUUUUGCAUUUAUUGCUUUUGGCGGUAAUGGAAGACGCUACCAGCGAAGAGAAUAUUAUACUGGAGAGUGUCACGAAAUCAUUUACUUCGCACGCUCUUUGCCGAUCCAAGUCUACGCAGCUCGGCGAGCUCACUAUUGUCGGUCUGCUCCAACAUAUUUCGACCGUGCCCGAGUUCGAGUCCUGCGGUCCAAAAAUUUGCCAUAUUCUCAAGCGUCUUUGGCAAAAGAGGCCUCAGACAUAUGUCGAAGCAACGGAGGGUCUCAAAUUUCCCUACGACACCAUUGAAUCACCCUCACCCGCACCUGGGGUAGAUAGCGAACUGGACCUGAAGAAGAAACGUGCGCUAGAUAGGCAGGCGAAGAUUAUGGCCCAAUUCCAGCAACAACAACAAAAUUUCCUGAGCAAUCAAGCCGACAUUGACUGGGGUGAGGAGGAUUUGAGCGCGGAUGAGGAAGCAUCGGUUCCUAGUUCGACAGAGAAGAAGCUAUGGAAAUACCCUACGGGAAAUUGUAUUCUGUGCCAGGAAGAGACGAACGAUUCGCGAUUGUACGGAACCUUUGCCCUGAUGAUGGACAGUGCGAUGUUUCGGCAAACCGACGUACGAGAUGCGAGUUAUGUAAGAGAAGCCAUGAAUUGUCCGUCGAGCUUGGACCGACCAGCAGAUGCAAUUCGCCCAUUUGGCAUGGCCAGCGAGAACCGUGAAAAGGUACGCCGGCUGGAUUCAACAGGAGGAGAGGUUAUUACGGAAAAGCAAGGUCUUGGGAGUGGUUUUCCUCCAAAUCAGGUUGUCAGAUCACCCAUUAUGACGGGCUGUGGGCAUAUCAUGCACUACACCUGUUUCGAGACGUAUUGCGCUGCAACCUAUAGACGUCACAGCCAUCAAGUUGCUCGCAACCAUCCCGAGCGGUUGAUGCUAAAGGAAUUUGUCUGCCCGCUCUGCAAAGCAUUGGGGAAUGCUUUCCUGCCAAUCAUUUGGAAGGGGAAAGAAGAAUCCUAUCCCAAUGUGCUAGCCACCAAUGAGACCUUUGAAGAGUUCUUGGAAGGGAAGCUCGUGCAGUCUGUUUCUCGGUUUCGCAGCCAUGCCUUGAUCAUGGAGAGUGACAAGCUACACACUUCCGGCUAUCAGAAUUUCUUCGUCGACUAUGUCUCCAAGAACAUCAUCUCUCCCUUGUCGAACAAAGUGGAACAGCUCGUCACACCGACCAUUCCGUCCCUGACCCUUGCGCCGCCAGCUCCAGAAUGA